ACAUGGACACAGCGAAAGAGGAAUUCCGAAGGACGCCGAACAGUGCCGAAGCUCGCCGGAGUGGCGCUACUGGACUCUCGGGGUUUUGCGACUGACGACGACAUGUCUGCGGGGACAAGCUCCGCCGCUAAGCUCGCCGCCGAAAUUUUCCUAGUCUAGUUGGUUCAUCAGGCGCCCUCACCUGAUGACAUUCGCUCGGUGAUGUGACGCCGCGAAGGCGCUACUUUUUUGUAAACAUUACAUUAUUGUCGUUAGUGACGCGCGUCGCUAUUUUCCCGUGUUGUGUAUUCUCUCUGCUCUCGGGGUGUGGUGUGCUUCUCCCUGUGGCUGUGUUUUGUGCUUUCCUCAGGAUCGUUCUCGUCGACCCCUUGUAGUUUCUUUUUUCUUUUUUUCUUUCCAAGAGGGAAGGUUUUAUGCUUUCUUCUUGCAGAAUAUGAAACAUUAGUUUGAUUCUAAAUUUCUGAUUCUUGAUUUCUGUUGUCAUUUGUCAUUUGAAAAAUAAAAAUAGUGUUUUAGAAAUAGGAGACAUGAUGAUAGGGAAGACAGCGUAAAUUUUGGAGUGCAAGAUCAACUCCAGAGUUCGAUAGUGCGCGGAAGCUUGAGGCACGAUGGCCUGAUUCGCCUUUUCAUGAAGCUCCACUGCCCUGACUCGUUGAUGGGUGUGCGGGGGUGACUGGAGUGAUGGGAUGGGGCCUGAGCCCCAUGGAGUUCGGGUAGACCCGUCUCCGGCCCAGCUCCCCAGCCCCCUCCGCCAUCGUAGGGCAAAUUGGCAAAAUUGCUCCUGCAAGAGACGCAGAGGGCCGCCUCGAACGCGAUGGAGGCCUCCGGUGCUCAACAACAGAAGGAGAAGGAGCCACGCGUUCAUAGGCCUUGCGCCUUCGACAAGAUGGAGGGGCUGGUGCGGGAGAUGCAAGACCCUGAGAACGGGGUGCCCGUGCGCAGCCAGAAACAAUUCCUUACCUCGAUUCCUUCAGCAUUCAUGGGUGAGUGUCAACGGUACCUGAGUUGUGGGGCAAACAAUUUUGGACUCAAUUCUACAGUAGACUGCCUGCGUGUUGCAGGUUAUGACCUGAUCGAGUGGCUGAUGGAGCGACUAAACAUCGAGGAAUCAGUAGAGGCGGUUCAUAUUGCUAAUCAACUUUGCCAAUACGGCUACUUCUUCCCUGUAAAUGACUCCAAAACUCUCGCCGUAAAAGAUGACAGCUCUCUUUAUAGGUUUCAAACACCCUACUAUUGGCCAUGGCAGCAUAGAACACCGGACAAUGUAGAGUAUGCCAUUUACUUAGCUAAGCGUACUCUCAGAAAUAAGCAACGCCAUGCUCUUGAAGAUUACGAGAUUGAGGCCUUGAACAGUUUAAGAAAGAAUUUGCAAAACAAAUGGGAUAUUAUACAAUUGCAAGCGGAGGAGCAGGUGCGAUUAUCGAAGGAGCGGAAGAAAGGAGAUAAAAUUGUAAGUGACUCGCAGGAACGUGCAUUUUGGAGAGUUUACCGACCACCGCCAGGGUGUUCGAGUACCCUUGAGAUAGUGCCUGUUCCGGCUCGUGCAAGACCGGGACAACGUGCUCUACCCCGUAAAAGAACUCUUACCGAUUUGCAGCGUGAGGUUGAUCUUUUAAGAAAUAGUUUGACUCGUACCAGAGUUAAGGUUUCAGUCGCGAUAGAAAAUCUCAAGUCUCACUAUGAAACUUAUGCUGAAUAUGAUUCCAUGAUUACACCACCACAACCUUCCAAUCCAUGGAUCACUGAUGAUCAAACUUUCUGGCAACUAAACAGUCCUUUGGUGGAAGUUCCUACUGAAAAAAGAGUAAAACGGUGGGGAUUAUCGAUGGAAGAAUUAAUGUCGGAUCCAACGGGUUUACUCGAAUUCACAAAUUAUUUAAGGAAAGAAUAUAGUCACGAGAACAUUCGUUUUUGGAUGGCUGUGAAGGAUUUGAGGCACAGUUAUCAAGCACAAAUUGCUGAAAAAGUCAAUGAAAUAUUCAAAGAAUUUUUGGCACCUGGUGCGCCUUGCGAGAUUAAUAUUGAUGGGAAAACAAUGGAGAAGGUGCAUCAGGAGAUGAAGAAUCCAAGUAGAUUUACAUUUGAUUCGGCUGCUGAACACGUGUACGCUUUACUUCUCAAGAAGGAUUGCUAUCCAAGAUUUAUCCGCUCUGAUCAUUACAGAAACCUUCUAGCUUCCGGUGUUCAGCCACUUGUCAAAAAAAGUGUGCAGUUUCGAGACAUAAGAUUCUUUGUAUUUGGUGGUCAGCCAAAAAAGAAGGCACCCUCGACAUCGACGACGAUGACUGGUCUUCAACAGCAGCACACAAUCAGUAGCGGAGUUGGAAGACGAAGAGGUAGUGAUCGCAGUUUAUCAGGUUCAGCUCACGAGCUUGCAAUCUGUGGUGUUCGUGAUGUGACAUCAGCUCCACGAGUGCCUCAUUCUCACAGCCAAUCAAAUCUCACAGACAUUCCCUACAGGGGUGAUCUGGCUCGCUUCAUUAAGAUUACCAGGCCUAGUUCCCAUACUUAUCAGGAUCCUGGCGCGGCGGAAGCGACAGUUCGUCCAGUGGAUGAUGUUUGCCCAUGGGAUGCGGCGCCGGGACCGAAUUCAGAGACAUUGCCCGACAUUGCAGCGCCAACGUUACUAUCAUCUGGAAUUGGCGGAGGAGUAUCAUUUGACCAUGGUCUAUCGCAACCGCACGAUUAUCGUUCAUCGCGAAAGAACUCGUCACAAUUAGAUUCAUGCAGUUCAUCAUCGGAUAUUAGUAUAGCAAUUGCGGAAGUUUCCGAAAGACUGCAUAAAUUUCCGUUUCCAUGUAGUUCGAGUAGUGGUAAUAAUGAACGUGCGACGACAGCAACAGCAACAACAACAAUAACUCGCAAUUAUUCAAUAAGUUCAAUGAGUGGUAGAGUGAAACUCGCUGACACGAGUCGACCUUCAGUGUCAUCGUACACUUGUUCAUCGCCCCAGCAAUCAAUUGAUUUACCAUCGCACACUGUCGGGGAUUUUGGAGCAAGUGCGGUUAGUAGAAACCUACCGAAGGAGGAUUUGGAUUUACAAGUUCGAUCUGGUGUUAAAUUUACCACUACUUCUAUUACUGCAACAACAAUAGCAACAACGGUUAAGUCGCCGGGUUUGGCGCCAUUGAUCAGCAUAAGUGCAAUUGUGGGUGACUUGUCGGGGGACGCGUUCGAUUCGGAACUGGAUAGUGUCGCAGGUUCUAGUUUUGAGUGUGUCUCGAGAGAGGAACAAGCGACGCAAACGAGUUGUCGUCAGGUCGAUGUGGACGUGCAAAAAAAUGAAAAUGACGGUGUUGAGAUGGAGGAGGAGGACGUUAAUGACGCGCGGAAAAAUACGUCGACAGUUCAAAGUGAACUGGUAACUGAGGAGGGAGCAGAGGAGGCACAAGUUGUUCCUGUCUGGGAUCCGGACACCCAACAGGAUCCAACGAAUGUUCCAACUGCAACAACUCAGGAGCAGCGAGACAAUAAUGUUAACGAAGUAUGCCCGUGGGAAGACGAGGAAAAUUGUAGAGUGGAUCAGCCCUAUGUAAAAACUUACGCGACCUUGGGUUAUUUGUAAAUUUGGACUUGGAUUGAUAAUACGUUACAUGCAAAAAGUAAAAAAUGAAAAAAAAAAUUGAAUAUAGGGUUACCAGAAUUUUUUAAAGGGAAAAAAAUUCUAUAUAAUAUAGAAUGCGUACUAUAUAAUUUUUUUAUAAAAAACAAAAUAAUACUCGCCAAUAUAUUGAAUCAUCGAAUGCGAUUGUUUUUUAAAUAUGUAGAAAUUUUUUAAUAUUCUGUUUUUUUUUCUUUUUUUUAAACUGAAGUCCAUUUUUCUAUAAUAAUUACGUAUAAAGAAAAAAAAGAGACACAAACUCAUGAAUCUCUGGUAACUCUACAAUCUUUAGACUUGAAAUUUUUUCCAAAUAAAAUCGAAUUUCCACUUCUUCUACUUCGCUAAAUGACAAGAAUCCAGAAUAGUUUGUGUUAUAUUUUUUUUUUUUUUUUGGAAAAUUUUUUAAAGAAACUUUUUAAUAAUAGCAAUCUUUUUUGUCUCUUGAAACAAUAUUUUUCUUACUAUCUUUAUACGUUCGAAUCGUUCGAAUUCGUAAUAAAUCUUUUAAAUUCUCUUUCUCUCGACUUCUCGAGUUUUCAACUUUUCAAGAAUUAUUUAUUUCCUCUUUUUUAUCUCAUCUUAGAAAGAGGGAUUAUUCUUUUCAAAUGUAUUUAUUUUGAUUAUUAUUCAGAUUUAUUCGCUUUUUUGUGUUCCUUUCGUUUAUUUUUUGUUUAUUUCUCACUCUUUCAGUUUUAUUUAUUUUUCCUUUUCUACCUGCUGAGAUUUUCUGUUUUUUCUCUUCGUUUGUUUUAUUUCUCAAUGUUUGGAUUUUUUACGAGAGAAUUAAGAAAUUGAAAAUAUAUUCAGAGAAUUUAGAACCAUAUGAAUUCAAGUAAAAUGGGAUUUUUAAGGUUGUGAUGAAAAAAAGUCGUCAAAUUUUUUUCUUAAUUAAUGGAAAAUAAAUUAAAUUACAAUUUUUUUUAAUGAAAAUUCAGACUCACUCUGAAGAAUUGAUGAAAAAAUUUGUUUUUUUAUAAUAAAAUAUUU